AUGAUGGCCGAAGCAAGCUCUCCGCGGUUGGCUAUCCCUGUGGUAGUUAUAGGCCCACGGUUCUGCACUCCUUCUCCGGUAGAUCUGAUAAUAGUCAAGAAGCCCGUGACCAUAUCAGAAGGCAACUUGGAGGUCACCGAUGUCAAGGGGAAAACCAUGUUCUACCUCAAAGGCAAGCUCUUGAGCGUUCCUGACCGCCGUGUCUUGCUUUAUGCUAAAGGCAACCCUAUCGUCUCACUCCGGCAANAGGGGAAGAUAGAAUUAUGCUCAAAUGAGCAGAGGCUUGAAGCAGUUUAG